AUGCCUUUGAAGAAGAAAAUCAGGAUCUCCGUCAACAAAUUGAUGAGAGCCCGACUGCGCUCAAAUGACCCGACGCGCGCCGAGGUGCCACCCCCGCCCCCUCGGGCAGGGUGGGUACUUCGAAAAACGCGAUGGGCCAUCUACCCGCAUCAAGUACGCCGACCGCGACGACCCCCCCCCGACCCGCCGGUUAGGGUGGGUAGUCUGAAACGCGAGUUUCUCGGCGUACCCACAUCAAACCACGAACCCGCCGCCGGCCACCCAGCGCCGCGGCCCACCGUCACACCGACCCCGGACGUCUCUACGACCCCGCGGGAAGUCCCUUUCCGGCCGCCCCCGUGCAGUCACCAGGAUCGUGAUCGUAUCCUGGCCGACGGCUCGGGUAAAGCCGGGUCCCCGCCCUUGUCACCUACCCAGGCGGCGAGCGGUAGGGAAGUAUACCGACGGUUACAGGGGCAUUUCCGCGGCGAGAACGUAGAGCUCCGGCCUGAAGACCUCGCAGUCCUCCGCUACGUGGAGGAAAACCCUGACACCAGACUAGCCAGUAUGCUGAGACAGAUAGGCUAUAUCCCACCUGCCCCAGCCAAGAAGCAGCCGCCGACGCUCGAGGAGAUCCUCCAGAGCGUUGGCCCCCCCCCGCGCAUCGCGCGCACACCCGCCCUAGCCAACCAGCCCACGUUUUUGGAGGUUCUUCAAAGCGUCGGCCCACCACCGCGCGUCGCACCCGCACGCUACCCCAGCCUACGGCCACGACCGCCAGAAAACCCCACGCCGCAGCAGACCGCAGGCCCCUCCAAGGGCCCCGCCGACGCACCGGCCAGCCCCACGGCCCCCAACCCGGAGGCUGUGGCCACCACAGACCCCACAGACACCGACCGCGCGCCCGCCGCGCCCGCGACAGCGGACCCCGGACCCGCGGCCACACCGACCACACGCCACGCCGCGCCGCAGCCGACCGAGGACCCUUCCAAGGGCCCCACCGCAGCUCCGGCCAGCCCCGUGGCCCCCAACCCGGGGGCCGCGCCCGCCGACCAGCACAUCGUCGCGCCAAUCACCAAGGCCCCAGCGCGGGCCCCGGACCAACGGCCGCGACCCCACGAACCCCGGAUGCAAGGCUGCCGUACAAAAAAUACAGCAGCACGCCAAAAGCGUACCAAAAAGAGCGGUGGUACACGGCAGCCUUGCAAAGACAAAGGGGAGGGUAGAAGAGAAACCUGCUUUCUCAACUACCCACCCCGAGUCGCCGCAACAAAAACACCACCGCGCCUGACUUCCCGCCGGCAGAGCACCGCGCCGCUCCACGCACGCCCACCAGACAACACCAGUCGUCGACUGUCGGCCCGCGGAGCCGACAAACCGGGGCGACGAAGUUGGAGAUUCGUCGCCUCAAAACAACGACCCACGCAGCAGCCCAAAGGACACCCGCACCCGCCCCCGCCGACUCCAAGGAGAAGACGGGCCUGGGCGCCGAGAUUGGAGACUCGUCGCCCGCCAACGAACCACGCACGCCCACCGGACCCGGUAGCACGCCAGGGAGGACGCCGAGAAGGAGCACUCGCAGCCCCCCCGCAACACUGCUGA